AUGGUUGCAGCACGCAUCGCAGCCUUGUUAUGCGCCAGCACGGUGUUGGUCGCGCAGGCGUGCACCAAUGGAACACCUCAGUGGGAUGAAGGAGCAUUCACAGGAUCACUCAUCGGUGGAUCAGUUGGUGGAAUCGUUGUCGGAAUCCUCGUGGUGGUGCUGGCGUCCUUGCCCUUGUGCUGUGGAGUUCUGAAGCAGUUUGGCAAGUGGAUCGGCGCCGCUGGCAUCAUUUUGGGUCUCUUGGCUAUCAUCAUUCCUGCCUUCGGGUCUAUGGGUGCAUGUGGCCCCUGGGUGGAUGAAUUGUGCAGUGCAAGCUGUACUGGCUGCACUUCUAGCCAGAGAAGCGACAUUUCGGCGCUGUGCAAUGCCGUCGGCUUCAUCAUUGUGUACUUGGGCGCCUGGGGUUGGGCCGCUAUUGUCCUUGGCAUCGUCGGUGAUGAGUUCGGUUAUGACGAGAGUCGGGAGUUUGAUUUGGGCGUGUCUUCAGAGAUGGUUGCAGCACGCAUCGCAGCCUUGUUAUGCGCCAGCACGGUGUUGGUCGCGCAGGCGUGCACCAACGGAGCACCUCAGUGGGAUCAAGGAGCAUUCACAGGAUCACUCCUGGGGGGAUCGCUGGGUGGAAUCGGGGUCGCAAUCCUCGUGGUGGUGCUGGCGUCCUUGCCCUUGUGCUGUGGAGUUCUGAAGCAGUUUGGCAAGUGGAUCGGCGCCGCUGGCAUCAUUUUGGGUCUCUUGGCUAUCAUCAUUCCUGCCUUCGGGUCUAUGGGAGCAUGUGGCCCCUGGGUGGAUGAAUUGUGCAGUGCAAGCUGUACUGGCUGCACUUCUAGCGAGAGAAGCGACAUUUCGGCGCUGUGCAAUGCCCUCGGCUUCAUCAUUGUGUACUUGGGCGCCUACGGUUGGGCCGCUAUUGUCCUUGGCAUCGUCGGUGCCUCCUUGAGCUGCUGCGUCUGCUGCGGCUGCUGCAAGGCCAAGAUGGACCAAUCGCAGGUGACGACCACACAGGUGGUGGUCAUCGGGAAGGACCAAGCAGCUGUGGUGCCUGCUCCCGCGUGA